UAAAUGCGAAAAAGGAGAUGAAAUUGACAUUAUGUUUGACCAUUCAAAUACUUUUUCGUUUGAAAGGCGAUGGAAUAGCAUCUUUUCCUAUAGUAUCCUAGUACGUCAGGAGUUGCUGUAAGUACGUGCUAGGGAACAUAUCAGCACGGAGAAGCUCUCAACAUAAUAUAUUUCGCCAAGAGCUUCAACUGGUGUGAUUUUGUUCGAGAAAACUACUCCUUCAUUUUGGUUCUUGAGUACUGCUACUGGUGCUACCAGUCUAUUAAAUUUAUUUAACUGUGGUUGAAAGAUAAAGAAAAUGGGUCUUGACGACAUCGACGAGUCGGACGAUGACAUCUUGCCUCCAAGAUUGUCAAAAAGUAUCGAAGUCACCAAGAAAUCUGAAUCAGCGCCUCGUCCAGACAACGCUAAGAACGCGGAUGCAGACGCAACUUCUUCUCCAGCAAAGGCUACAACGACUGAGAAGAAAGACGCUGAGAAGCGUGAGGUCCUCGAUGUGCCUGACAAUGGUACGUCAUCCAGGAUACCAGAACAUUAAGGGUUAACAUAACAAUGCAUUUCCAUCAUGGGUCAUUUUCCUUCGGGCUCUCCUUACUUUGGAUUGCGGAGAUUUGACCUGAAGAAUUCAAUUAGAAUUGCAUUGAGCGGCUCUAAGCCACGAAGUUCGUUAUCGGAGCACCUGGGCUAACGAAAAAUGACACAGGAUCAACGGCAGAUGAUCCCUCUCAGUGGGGAGAGAACGCGCCUAGUGUCCCUGCCCAUUAUGCAGAGGAGGACACGGGAAACGACGCAGCGGAUGAGCUUCUGAAGAUGAUGCAGAAGUUAAGGGUUGCCACAUUGCAUUCUUCACUACCAUUCUUGACUUACUUUCCAGUAGGAAAAGGGUCAGGUGGGGUGACCUGAAAAAUCCAAUGCUGUCGCAACCUCUAAAGAAGAAACGACAACAGAAACAAGCAUUGAAAAAAGAAGAAGAAAAGAAAGCCGAAGCCCAGAAGAACAAGGAACUGUUGAAAGAAGGUGGCCUAUUCAAGAAGGGCUUCUUGAAGAGCGCAAAGCCUGCAAAGACGGGUGGUGCAUCAUCUUUAUGGAAUGGUUGGUCGUACACUUACACUCUUUAUUUGUUCAUCUUCAGCAAGGGAUAGGGAGGUCCGAUAAAUACGAUUGUGAUUGAUGUCUGAUAUCAAAAAAUUUCCUUGUGAUGUAGUUGGGCUAGUAACCACCUCCUAGAAGUAGAAAGAUGGAAAACACUCUCACCACACUCGUCAUCAUCACACUUCUCGCACACUUCUUUGUCUCUCCCACACUUUUCCCACUACACGUACACUCCUUUUCCUUUCAUAAUCUUCUUCCUCUCCGAAAAAUACCAAAAAAGCGGACCAAGAAGUGAUAGAUUUGUCGAAGAAUGAGAAAAUGCAGAAGGGGGGUCCUGACUUCUCCAUUCCAGAGGUCCAAGAUGCUAUGAAGGCCAAGUUGAGCGAUACGAAUUCCUGGCUGACACCGGAAUUGCAAAAAGUAAUGCGGAGCAGACCAGAUCUUUUAGCCGGUAAGUACUAUAAGUAAUUUAGAAAGUGAUGAUGAGCAGACCGAAUCUUUUAGCUGGUAAAUCUGAUAUUUUUAUUCGAGAGACAUUUUCAUUUCUAUUUCACCAUAAUUUCGAGGUCGUGGCUUCACCUAUAAGAACAGUUUUCGACUAGCGUUACUAGGUCCUUGUGAUUGAGUAGUGGUCAUUUCUUCUUGUUAGUUUUUUUUUCUGCAUUCACCCACACCCUUCACCUCCAGUGUCACGUUUUUCAUUUAUUCACUAUAUUUCUCUUGUCAACUACAGGUUUCUCCGACCCUCGUGUCCAGGAAUGUUUGGCGAUGAUGCGGACGAACCCUGUUGCCGCAAAGGAGAAAUUCAAGAACGACAAGGAUGUUACCAAGUACCUCGACGAAUUUUCUCGGUUAAUGGGCACCCACUUCGAGCUUCUUGGCAAAAAGGAACAGAAAGAAGCUGGGAAGGAGAACAAGGUUAAGGCUAUUGUUCCUAGACCCAGUUCAUGGGACUCACUCUGCGUUGGGCGAGGAUUUCUCGUUCAACAAAAUAUGUAUGCAAUGAGCCUACCACAAUAAAGUAAUGCACAAUAUCUAACAAGGGAUCUGGAAACGUUGUUGCUAGUACCUCUGGAGGAGGAGGAGUCUCUCUGGCGGGUCAAGUACAACAAUUAAGGCUCAACUUUCAAUGGUCAUUGGGGUUGGUCACUGGGAUCGCAGAGAGGCUCUCCUUCGAAAACAGGGGAAAACACAGGGAGAACAAGUAGAGGGGUAAAGGGCCCUUUUCUUUCAGCAUCAGUGACCAAUGAAUGCUGAGCUUUAAAACAAGGUCAGCCGCCAACAUCUACUUCUAGUGCUCCUCCGAAAAAAACCAUGUCGACUAGGAAAGCAAUAAAGGAAGCAGCGAAACAAAAUGGACUGCUCUCUAAUGAUGGUAAAACAUGCUAGACUAUCAAGUUCUAGUAAAUUUGAAACCUCAUGAUUAUCGAUCUGUCUUUGACUUCAGUUGUAGCGAAGAUCGUGUUCCUCGUGUUUCCCUUUUCCAGGAUCACGACGUCUAGCUUCAACUUCAUGAUCUACAACAUCUUCUACGUCUCUACAACGUUGUAUCAAUCUCUCUCAGAGCAAAAGCGCCUUGCCAAGCCAGAGGUAUUAGGAGCCAUGGCAGACCCCAAAGUGCAACAAAUCAUAGCAAUGGCAAGGCAGGGCAACGGGUUAGACAUGCGAGCAAUAGGAAGGGACGAUCCUGGAACCUUCCAAAAACUUCGAGUUUUGGUGGAGAAUGGAAUAUUGGGCUUGGGGAGGUAGUAGACUAAUCUUCGGUUCGCGGGAUCGUCAACAUUGUGUGUUCCGAUAUCUAUUUGGACUUCAACUUCAACAUCAUUUCACAUGAUCGCACGAAACAUACACAACGAUGUGCUCGGGAGAUCAUGAUGGAGAUUCUAUUUCUAGGACCCCUAGAAUUAGUUGGUUAAUCUUCUCGGACGAGAAGUGAUGGAGCAUUGUUUGAUGCGCCUUCCGGGCUAUACUGAUGCUGAUGGCACCUACCUCCACGAC